AUGGCCCAGAAAAAUAACUUUCAAUUCUCCAUCAGGGAAUAUAGGCCCUCGGAUCAACAUGUGGUCACGUCGCUCUUGCGACGGGAACAUGUGUACCCGGCUUUCUUCAAGUCCAUGAGCCACCCCGACCACAUUGGAAUUGCUCUGAGCAUUUCCAUGGCUGGUUAAGUCCUUGGAGGCAGCUCCUACUUCCAAGCUCUACUCUUCGGCAGUGCGUGGGCCGGCCUCAUCGACUACUGCUGCCACGAGAUCUACGACGGCUGCGUGGCGAGGAGGCUGCGCACAGACAUGGCUGACAUCGGAGCCAACUACCUUGAAAACCCCGAUAACGGUUUCUGGGUGGCGGAGGCGGAUGUCAGAGGCCGGUCCAAGGUGGUGGGGAUGGUGGCAGUGACGGGGAAAGGGGGAGGGGAGGAAGGCGAGCGCUUCGAUGAGCGCAACGGUGGACCCACGGGAGGAGGGGAGGAGUUCGCCCAAGACGCUGGUGACGGGAGUUACAGCGAGAUGUCCCACUUGGUUGUGGUGUUUCCAUGGCGGCGCAAAAACCUGGGUCCACAGCUCAUGAGGAAGGCCCUUGAUUUCUGCAAAGAGCGAGGAUAUGCCCGCCUCGUUCUGGACGUCAGCGAGCCACAGAAGGAAGCCAUUUCCCUGGACCACAAAUGUGGUUUUGUUCAAACUGCAUCCCACAGCAACACACACGCUAAUCGCUUGUUCUCCAAACUGGCCAGAAUCAAUGUGAUGCGAAUGGAGAAGUUCAUUUGAUGAACUUUAGACCUCGGCUGCUGGUACAACCCUCCACUGUACAUUGAGAAAAUAUCAGUUAAUUUAUGCUUCUUGUCUCAUUUAGUGCAAAACAUAUUUCCGUUUAUAUCUCCAGCUGGUUAUCAUGGUAGUUUUUAAAAAUAUACAUUAAAUGUGCUGUUUUUUAA